AUGGACUUCGAAAUUGAUAUCAAGAAGGUCAGCUGGGUCCCGACCCAUGUGGAGGAGAUUGCCGAAGUCGCUAGCAAGGCCUUCGAGUGCCCCAUGACCUUUGAGGAGUUGCAGGAGACAGCAUACGGUGUCAUCGGCACGGAUCAUAUCGAGAAGGUCCAGAUCAACGAGGACUCCGACAUACCGAAGUUCGUCGCGAUUAAGACAAAGACUCGCUUUGAGGAGAAAGUCAUCAAAUUCCGCUUGCCAGAGAGAGCUGUGACACCAACCUUCCAACCCAAGAAGACCAAGGCUUUGGUCAAGGGAAACCUUUGUGCAAAGUUUUUCGGCGAGUGUGAAGUCAGCACUCGGUCUGUCGAGUUCACCAUCAAACUCUACGAUUGUGGCCACUUCUACAUGAAGCAGACGCUCCCAGGAUCCGGUGCAUCCCCUUAUUGGGUUAUCUUCGAGGGCCGCUGGGAGAGAACGGAAAAGGGAUUGGCCUUCGAGUACCUGUUUAGAUAUGCCUGGCAAAUAGCCAAGACCCGGCUGAUGCCCGAGUUUGCCUUGGAGGCGGUGCCAAAAAACCAUCGAAGCAGAUUGGCCUGGUGUGGCGAGAUUCCCGAACAGCAGCUCAACGGCAACGUGCCUGCAAUCGUGGGCGAAGAUGCUUUCUGCUGGAUUGAGAUCUGCCGGGAGCCGGACAAGGUGGAACGAGGAAAGGCACGCUUCAACGAGGAAGAGGAUGACAUUGUCCCACAGAAGGAUGAGAAAGAAGAGCUACGCCGGCGGCCUGCCCGAAGUGCCGCACCUGCAACUCCGAGUGCUUCAGAGAAGCCUGCAGCUGAGACUUCGGCUGCUCCGGCUGCUACGGCUACCACAGAAGACGGCAAGGAUGAUGAGCCAAUGUGGCCGCUCUACGCUGGUCUCGGGGUCCUUCUUGUGCUUCUCAUGUUCUUCUUCCAGCUAACUUGGGACAGCAAGACUCAGGUCCUCUAA